GUUCGGAGGAAGCCAUGUUAAAGUAAAGUAGUGAAGUCAGGCUGAGAUUGUGUUGUUGUUGUUGUUGUUUAUGUUUAGUUUCAUGCCGAUUAGUGAGCGCGCGUGAGGGCAGUGCGUAAGGCGCAGGUUUAGCCGCGCUGUGAGGAGAUUCGGUCAGGAUGAGCUCCAGCUGUGACCUGUCCAGGCGGAACCCUCAGGAGGACUUCGAGCUGAUCCAGAGGAUAGGCAGCGGAACCUACGGAGAUGUCUACAAGGCCCGAAAUGUCAGUACUGGUGAACUGGCUGCCAUCAAAGUGAUUAAACUGGAGCCCGGUGAGGACUUUGCUGUGGUUCAGCAGGAGAUCACCAUGAUGAAGGACUGCAAACACUCCAACAUCGUGGCCUACUUUGGUAGUUAUUUACGGAGAGAUAAGUUAUGGAUAUGUAUGGAGUUCUGUGGAGGCGGAUCACUGCAGGACAUUUAUCACGUGACCGGUCCACUGACGGAAUCACAGAUAGCGUACGUGUCAAGAGAAACUCUCCAGGGUUUGUACUACCUCCACAGUAAAGGAAAGAUGCAUCGAGACAUAAAGGGAGCCAACAUUUUACUGACAGACAACGGCUACGUCAAGCUGGCUGAUUUUGGAGUUUCGGCUCAGAUCACAGCGACUCUGGCGAAGAGGAAGUCCUUCAUUGGAACUCCGUACUGGAUGGCGCCGGAAGUGGCUGCUGUGGAGCGUAAAGGAGGUUAUAACCACCUGUGUGACAUCUGGGCCGUCGGCAUCACCGCUAUAGAGCUGGCGGAGCUCCAGCCGCCCAUGUUCGAACUGCACCCCAUGAGAGCCCUGUUCCUGAUGACCAAGAGCAACUUCCAGCCCCCAAAGCUGAAGGACAAAGUUCGAUGGUCCAAUAACUUCCACAAUUUCGUUAAACUGUCGUUGACAAAAAACCCGAAGAAACGUCCGUCAGCUGAGAAGCUGCUGCAGCACCUGUUCGUUUCUCAGCCUCUGAGCCGGACGCUGGCAAUCGAGCUGCUGGAUAAGGCCAGUAAUCCUGACCACGCCCACUACAGCGAGUUUGAGGAUGAUGACCCCGAGUCUGAGCCGCCUGUAGACGUUCCUCAUCGCAUUCACUCCAGGAGCAGAAACACCCGGGAGGGCAAAACACUCUCCGAGAUCAACUUUGACCAGGUGAAGUUCGAUCCUCCUUUAAGGAAAGAGACUGAACCUCAUCAUGAUCCACUCGACUCUGAGGAUUUUUUGGACUGUGCAGAGGAAAUUUACUACACUGCGAGAUCUAACCUGGAGCUGCAGAUGGACUUUGGGCCGGACUCUCCCACUGGCUCCCUGCUCGGGGGCAAUAAGAGUCUGCUGAAGUCUGUGGAGGAAGAGCUGCACCAGAGGGGUCACGAGGCUCAUUUAGGAGAUGAUGAGGACGACGAAGAUGAUAAAGCACAUCGCACGAAAAGCUCCACCAUCAGGCCUAAAUUCCCCCCACCACCGCCCCCCAAGCCGAGGCCCAGUGACGGCCCUUCUGCUGACCACGAUGACCACCAGGGCACCAUAAAGCGCUGCCCGGAGGGCCAGAGUCCGACACGAUCAACCAGUAACGUGCCCCCCCGACCUCCGCCCCCACGGCUGCCCCAACACAGCUCCAGCAGCUUAGGUAUUGAAGCUAAUCAAGACAACCUUGGCACCUGGGACGCCCCAGGGGAUCAUGGGAAUUGUAGUCAGUAUGGAGAAUUGCUGCAGUUCGAGGAUGAGGAUGAUGAGGAAGAACGAGAUGAGGAGGGAGACAGGAACGGAGUGAGUGUGUGUGACGUGACUGUGAGUGUGUGUGUGGAGAGCGAGGCGUCCAGUCUGAGCUCGACUGCCCCCCCGCACAGGGACAGGAAGGACAUUCCGAAGCCGCUGAGUAACGGCCUCCCGCCGACUCCCAAAGUCCACAUGGGGGCGUGUUUCUCCAAAGUUUUUAAUGGCUGCCCACUGAAAAUUCACUGUGCUACUUCCUGGAUCAACCCAGACACAAGAGAUCAGUAUCUGAUCUUCGGAGCGGAGGAAGGAAUCUAUACCUUAAACCUUAAUGAGCUUCAUGAGACAUCGAUGGAGCAGUUGUUUCCGCGGAGAUGUACAUGGCUGUACGUGAUGAACAACACUUUACUCUCCAUCUCUGGUAAAGCAUCUCAGCUCUACUCGCACAGCCUGAUGGGAUUAUUCGAGCAUGCGAGGCAGAGACAGAAGCUUCCUGUUGCCAUACCGACACACAAGCUGCCUGACAGAAUCAUCCCAAGGAAGUUUUCUGUUUCCUCUAAGAUCGCGGACACUAAAGGCUGUCAGAGGUGCUGUGUAGUGAGGAACCCGUACACCGGUCAUAAGUACCUGUGUGGGGCACUACAGGCCAGCGUGAUCCUGCUGGAGUGGGUGGAGCCAAUGCAGAAAUUCAUGCUAGUCAAAACGCUGGACGUCCCCCUGCCCGUUCCUCUGCAGGUGUUUGAGAUGUUGGUGGUCCCGGAGCAUCUUUAUCCUUUAAUCUGCAUGGCGGUCAGUAAAGGCUCUAAAGUCAGCCAGGUCGUCCAGUUUCACACACUCGACCCAAACUCCCCUUCACCUUGGAUCACAGACUCCGAUGCUGCUCAGAGCUGUGUGAUCAAUCUGACUCAGCUGGAGCGAGACACAAUCCUCGUCUGUCUCGACCGUUGUAUUAAGAUCGUGAACCUGCAGGGUCGAUUAAAGUCCAGCAAAAAACUCUCAGCUGAACUGACCUUCGACUUCCACAUCGAGUCCAUCGUGUGUUUGCAGGACAGUGUGUUGGCGUUUUGGAGACAUGGUAUGCAGGGGCGGAGCUUUAAGUCUAAUGAGGUCACACAGGAGAUUUCAGACAGCACCAGAAUAUUCAGACUGCUGGGCUCAGACAGGGUGGUGGUUCUGGAAAGCCGUCCAACGGAAAACCCCACGGCCCACAGCAACCUCUACAUCCUUGCCGGCCACGAGAACAGCUACUGAGCUGCACGGCAUGCUGGGAAACCAAGCUGACACCACAAGAGCGGGUGUGUGAGAAAAACACACACUACUUGCACUCUGCUCAGGCUGGAACAUCGGGAGACCACCAACCAACCCUCACCCCCCAACCCCCAACCAACCAACCCUCAACCAACCCUUCAACCCCGAACCAACCGACCAACCAACCAAC